UGGCUCAAGCCCAGACUUUCUACACAAAUGUGUUUUUUGUUUCCAGCGUGGAUCGAACAGUAUUCGGUAUUCCAUACAACAUAUAUACUCGUACUAAAAAAAAUCUACGAAAAUGUAAUUUAACUAUAGUGUCUAUGAAAUUUGUACCUUACUAUUCAUGAGAUUGAUCAAUCAAGUGCAAGUAAAAUACUAUAAAGUUAUAAAAAUGAUUGAUGUUUAUCUCAAAAUUGAACUCUUUUGCCGUUCUUUCAAGAACUUUUAGUGGUGGGGCUUAUAAAAACCAACGUGAUUUGAGUCAAUCUAACAAAAGGUCAAAAACCAUAAAACAAAACAGAGUAAACGCAAAAGAAAAAAAAAAUGGCAGGUCAUGGAUCAUCUUGUGGAGCAUGCAAGUUCCUAAGGAGGAAAUGCAACCGCGACUGUGUCUUCUCGCCUUACUUCAGCUACGAACAAGCCUCUUCCCAUUUCGCAGCGGUCCACAAAGUCUUCGGCGCAAGCAAUGUCUCUAAACAUUUGCUUCAUUUGCCUCUACAUCAAAGAAGCGUCGCUGCUAUCACCAUCUCCUACGAGGCUCUCUCUCGCAUGCGUGAUCCUGUCUAUGGCUGCGUUGCUCACAUCUUCGCUCUUCAUCAACAGGUUGUGACUUUGCAAGAGGAAAUUGAGUUUCUUGGAUCACAGAUGACGAAUUUCUCAUACUCUACUCAAAAUGGAUCACAACUUAACAACAUACCGGAGUUUGUGAAUCAGAUGACUGUGGACACGACCAAUUUCGUCGAUGAGAGUGUUUUAAACAAUGUCGACGGAAGAAACUGCCUUGAUGGGUUCUUCACGAACUCAGAGGAAAUGCUCGUGAAUCAUCAAUGGCUUCAGAACAUGGAUUAUUAUUACUAUGCACCACAAAAUUAGACGCGAACUAGAAAUGAUAGAUCCAUAAAACAACGCUAUGAUAAAUCUGAUUUUUGUUUUAUUUCCUAUAUCGAUCUUUUUAUUUACAUUCCUGUUAUUUAUCACAUGCAAUUUGCUAAAGAUUUAGUAGAUCUUAAAUCUCCAAUUAAAUUUGGAUUAUUAUGUAUGCAAGUUUUUUUUUGUUUUUUUUUCGUUUUGUAUUCAGGUUCUGUGAGGGUUCUCUUUAUAUGUAUAAAAUGUUUUGUGUAUAAUUGUGUUAAGUUCUAAUUGAUGUAAUAUUUUAUAUAUAUCUUUAGUAUGAUAAAUCUUUAGAAUCGGAUGAAAUUUAAUAAUACAUAAUUACAUAUCACUAGAGUCGAAUAGGCACAUCUCUACAAUUGAGAGAAUGACAUUUAAUUUGUAUAACAUCAUAUAAAAUGUUAUUACAAAAUAACAAAGAAAAUUAAAUUGGUUAUAGUAUA